CUGACAACUGCUAUGGCUACCUAUACUUUGACUAGAUUUGUAUUACUAAUAAUAGUGCUGACUCUCAUCCAAGAAUCUUACAUCGUCGAAGGUCGACCUUUGAAUUCUUCGACGAUCUCUAACAUCGAGAAGAAACUUGGUGGUCACGGGUUGAAUAUUCCAAGCAAGUUAGAGAAAGAAGAUCAUUCGUUGGAUGCAUUCCGGCCUACUAAACCCGGGAACAGUCCCGGAAUUGGUCACUAGUUUUUUUUUGGGAAACACUAGAAUCGGCCACUAGCUAUAUGUUAAAUUUGUUGUAACGAAGUAAGAUGCCAAAUGUUGUUUCGUAAAAACAUUUAUUUGUAACGUCAAAGUAAGAUGUUUGAGGUGCGUUGUAUAUGCUAGCUGGGGUUUCUAUGUGUUGCUCGUUGUGUUUCCGUGAUUCU